GUCCAUCAUCUCUCAUGCUCAACUUCCGUACGCGCCGGCUCCCAAUGGAACAUCAAAGCUACCAUCAAAUCCGGAGAAAAGACCGAUUGCCUCCAGGAAUCUAGGAUAGCAGAAGAACGUUCAAACUGCUUUUCUCCCUUCAAGACCCCAAAGUGCCACAGCCACUCACAUCAAGCCCCUGUCCCUGUUCAGCUACAGGGGUUUUAGCGCCGACGCUCAGUGGCAGCACCGACAAACACCAUGAAUUUCGCAACAACCCCAUCAUCAAUCAUCACCGACCCACUACAAUACCCCCAGACAGCCACGCCGCCAUCGGCCGCGCGCCCUCAACCACCCCAACAAAUCCAGCAGCAACAGCAGCAACAACAGCCACAGCAACAAUUACCAAAACAACCACCACCACCACAACAGCAGCAGGCCCCACAGCCCGGGCAGCAGCAACAGCAACAGCAACAACAGCACCUCGCUAUGAAUGGUGUCAACGGCGGCAACAUGCCCGGCCCUGGCAUGGUUCCCUUUCCCGCCCCAGCCGGCCACCAGGCCGAGCUCAACUACAUCUACGGCAUGGUCGAGGAGCUGAGCCGCCAGCUAGCCGACAACCAACGCACCCUGGAAGAAGUCGUCUCGGGCGUCGGUCGCGUGCGCAGCCGCGCGAGGACACACUCGCUGGGCAACGAUGAGCUGGUCGACUCGGCCGGCGAUGAAGUUAAGGCCCAAGAACCCAACCUCGACACGCUCAUCUCAAUCCUCUCGGAGGCACUGGAAAAAGCCAAAUUCUCACGGGACGCCAACGCGGCGCUGCUCACGCAGUACGCGACGGUGAUCUCGGCGAUGCUAAAACAGUUCCACGACUACAAGGCCAAGCACGUCGGGGACGUGGCGGCGUGGCACCGCAGCUACCGGGCGCAGCUGGCGGAGGCGCGGGCCGAGAACUGCCGGCUGCGCGAGCAGAUCUGGGAGAUGCAGGCGCGGGCCGGCCACGCCAACGAGGCCCUGCGCGGCUUCCGCGGCCGCUACGACGAGGACGGCGCCCGCUGGGACCGCCGCGUCGACGCCAAGGCCGUCCGCCAGGAGCUGCGCUUCUGGAAGCGCAUGGCCAUGCCCCACCUGCCCGAGGACGACCCCUACUGGAGCGACGACGACGACUUGGUCGAUGCUGUCGAGAAGAAGCGGGAUCUGGCUGAGAAGCGGCAGCUCGAGAUCACCCGGCUGGUGGCGCGGGAGCAGCUGGCCGAGGGUGCGGCCGGGCAGGGGGAUGGAGCGGAGGACGGAGAGGUGCCGCCCGAAGUGCCGUCUGCGCCGGGCGCGGGGCAGGGCAUGGUGAUGGGUGGGGUGCCGAUGCAGAGGGAGGAUUCGGGGGCGGUCAUGCUGCCUACCCCGCCGCCGAGGCCGUCGAGUGCUGCGAGCAGUACGGGGUCGUCGGGGCAGUGAGGGCUUUUGAGCUCCCCUCCCCCCCAGUUCAGUUGCUUGGCUAGAAGGGCUUUUUCCGUGGGUUAGAUAUACGUUAUGCAUGAUUGGAGUAUGGAAGGACACUGGAUGGGGGACAUGGCGUUGAAGAGAGACCGGCUGUAUAUUACAUGAUAUCCUGAUUAAUAUAGGUAACCCGGAAGUUUGAGGAUUCAAGAAAGCCAGUUAUGUUUCUACGUGGUGGGUGUUGCUGCAGUCAUAAUCAACAAAUAGGGGCCAUUCCUAAGUGGCAUACUUCGUACGAGUUUUAUUCUCG